CAAAUUACAAGAGUCCAAGUUAGAUGUUAAACUUAACGGCCCCUGUCAGGCUGUCACCGCCUCCGCCCGGCUCCAUCUGGUGCAGGUCUCGCUAGUGGCUGUCCCCAGUCACCUCUCUCCGUCUCUUUAAACACCCUCCGCUCUCUCCCUCUAUCUCUCUCUCAAAAAUUGGGGAUCGAAUGUUGAAGUGUUUGUUCUGGGUGAAUUUCAAGCUCCCUCUUUUAGGUUACUGAUGUACUUGACGAUGCCGUUUUCUUCUGGUCCUUGAAUUCAUCAUGAACUUUGGUGUUCUACCGACUGGGAAGAUCGUGGGCAGUUGAAAUCAUGAAGAGGUUGAUAAGUUGCUUGUUUGGUUUUGUUGACUGAUCGUGGGCUGGGCAAGUGAUUGUGAAAAUCAGAACUCUCAUUAGGAAAGUAGAAAGUAGAGAAGAAAAAGAAAAUAUGGCGGAAGCUCUCAUAACGGCAUUAUCAAUGGAGAAUUAUCACCCUUCUACGCUUUUGUCAAUGGAUUCUGGUUCCUUAAUGCACGAUGAAUUGGAGAGAGAGAUGAAUCGGCCAUUGAUACUCUCCAGGCCACCUGACAUCAACCUUCCAGUGUCAUCUGAGCCACCCUCACCUUCUCUUCUGAAUUGGAAUGACACAUGUGACAUCUUAGAUUUGGGUCAUGCUCCUCCAGUUUACGAAGUGGAGACAACAGUCAGUGUGCCUAAAGCUUCAAAGAAAUGUGCAAAGAGGCUCGACAGCAUUUGGGGUGCUUGGUUCUUCUUUACCUUCUAUUUCAAGCCGGUUUUGAGUGAGAAGUCGAAGUCCAAGAUAGUGAAGGAUAGCAAUGGUAUCUCUGGGUAUGAAAAAACGGAUCUGCACCUCGACGCAUUCUUGGUGCAGCACGAUAUGGAGAAUAUGUACAUGUGGGUUUUCAAGGAGAAGCCUGACAAUGCGUUGGGUAAGAUGCAACUGAGGAGUUACAUGAAUGGGCACUCGCGUCAAGGUGAGCGCCCAUUCCCAUUCAGCGUUGACAGGGGCUUUGUCCGGUCUCACAGGAUGCAAAGGAAGCAUUACAGGGGUCUUUCUAACCCACAGUGCCUUCAUGGUAUUGAAGUUGUUCACACACCAAACCUCGUGAAUCUCGAAGAGGAAGAGAAGAAGAGGUGGGUAGAACUCACAGGUCGUGAUGUAAAUUUCUGCAUCCCUCCUGAAGCAAGUGAUUUUAGCUGUUGGAGGACCCUGCCAACCACAGAAUUUGAGCUCGAACGCCCUCCUCUGCCAUUGAAGAUCAAUGGCAAUUUUCAUCCGAGGAAAUUGCUUAAUGGUACUGGUUUGAAUCUUUCUACUCAGUCUACUGACCAUAGUAGUAGUAGUAGUGGUGAAGUCAUGGACUAUUCUCCUUUUUCCCACAAUAAAAGGAAGAAGGCGUAUUCUCCUCAGGCAAACGAGGAUGAUUGUCUCCGUAAUAACAAUUCUCAUGUUGAGAUAGUAGACAUGAACAUCCAUCCAUCUGAUCCAGCAUGGCUCAAUGACUUCGGUGGGGUGAUGAAAAAUGUUUAUGGGCCCGUUACAGCAGCGAAAACCAUAUACGAAGAUGAAGAAGCAUUCCUGAUCAUCGUCAGCUUGCCAUUUGCAGAUCUGGAAAGGGUGAAAGUCACCUGGAGGAACACCAACAGUCAUGGAAUAGUGAAAAUAUCUUGUGUAAGUACUGCUCGAAUGCCGUUUAUUAAAAGGCAUGAUAGGACAUUUAAACUAACAGAUGCAACUCCGGAGCACUGCCCACCAGGGGAGUUUGUUAGGGAGAUUCCCCUGCCAAACUGCAUCCCUGAAGAUGCUAAACUGGAAGCCUAUCGGGACGAGACUGGAACCAUUCUGGAGAUUAUUGUGCCGAAACACCGGGAAGGACCAGAGGAGCAUGAAGUCCGUGUGUGUCUCCGCCCUUCUCCUUUGAGCGAGCGAUCAUUCAUCGACUUGAAGGAGACAUAGAAUGUUUCGGAUGGGAUAUACGUCUGUUUACUGACCUGUCAAGGAAAAGCCGCGCAAAUGGUUACUUGGUGCACUUUUGUUUUAGCAUAUUCUUCUGUAUUGCCAUUUUUUUUCUUCCUGUUUUACUUUUGUUCUAGUUCUUGGGUUCCAGUCUGUAGGUUGAUGAUAUACCUGACACUCUUCCAUGUUUUGGUUCUUGGUGGGAAAUUUUAGUUCUGGUUUGAUUGUUAUAUUUAUGAGGGGCGUAUUCAUUGCACACUAAGGGAAGAAUGAAAAGAUGACUGGAGAUCAGUGAUUGAUUUCUGCUGCAUCAUUGAUUUGUCUGUUCCCAUACAGCUGCUGUAUCAAUAUGUUUGCAGGGUAUGUAGUUGUGGCACCAGAAAGAAUAUCAUCGCGAA